AUGUGGAAUCAACAAUCAUCUCAUCUCUUUUCAUUGCACAAAGAUGGUUCAUACCUUCUUGACCUCAACGAAACAACGUCGUUGAAGCUCGACUUGCCCUUUACAUUACCAGCCAAAACCAAACCGGUAUGUAUUCUUCAUUGUCGUGGAAUGAUUUGUCUGACUCUUAACAACAGUGAGCUAGCGAUCUGGAAAAUAGGUUCGGAGAAAUUCAUGAGAAUACCAAUGGUUGAACGGGGCCAAACCACAAAUCUUUUGGGAUUUGGUUAUGACUGGCUUUCUGAUGAUUACAUGAUUGUGAUGAUAAUCAGUUCCAAAACCUAUAUUUUUGCAUUGAAAGGAGGCAUUUGGAGAGAAAGUGUACCAAACACUUCUCUCCAUUGCAAAUUCAAAGACCCGACCGAUACGGUUGUGGAACACUGUAUGUAUUGGAUAGCAGACCGGUCUCACAACAAAAACCCACCAAGGAAAAACACCAUCCUGUGUUUCGAUUUCUCCAACGAAGAUUACCAAGAACUUUUAUUUCCCAUGAUGUACACUGAGUCGAAACUCAGUUCACGGUUAGGUGUUUCGAGGGGGGAGCUAUGCAUUAUCGAUCAUUACCCUUGUCUAGAUAAUGACAUUUGCUUGUGGCGUCCAACAAGAUCAAGAGACAAGAGGAUUAUUGUUGAUGUCCAAAUCGGUCACAAUUAG